UGCUUUCCUCGUUGCUUUCUCCGCAGCGAAGGAGCUCUGCGCAUGCCCGUUACGACACACAGCGUGGUUGCAUUGCACGCCUUGCUCGCUGCUACUAUUUACCGCUGACAUUCUAGCAUCUGGUUCCCUUACCUCCCUCUGCUGACAUUCCCCCUCCGAAGCAUUUCCGGGUUGUGUCAUGUUAGUCAUCGCAAGAACGAUUCAUCCGCGUACUAUCCUGAGUUCAGACGGUGACCCAAGCUCCUAAGGCGCGUUCCGAGCUCAGACAUUCAUCCGCGUUCAUUCUACGAUCCUGAGUUCAGGCGUUGUCCUGAGUACAAGCUCCUAAGCUGCUAGUGCCAUUUCGUACAGACCCAUCAGGCUCGGAUUCCACCGUGGCGCGAUUAGUCGGACCUGCAAACGAUAGCAGCAUUACUCCGCUUGCCUUCUAGCCUGUCCCGGAGGGAAUGAUAGAGAAGCGAGGACCAACACAACCACAUUGCCUUCUAGCCUGUCCCGAAGGCUCAUGGCGGAAUCUUGACCAGCUGCUGCCACGUGUAACGUCGCCAGAGAUGUCGUUCGUCCGGCGAGCCGCGCGAUGGCUGCCCCUUGCAAUCGCCGCGCUCGUCAUUACCUCGGCACUCGUCCUCCUGGUUCCUUCAACUCCCGCACAGCACGCCAUUCUCACCCUCCGCAAUACCCUCGUCCAAAGCGGUGGCAGCGACGUUCCAGAACCGUCCGAUCUCCACCAAGCGGCUGCGUCUGUCCAUAGAUCUUCUCGACUGGCAUCGGACCCCUCGGUACAAUCUCCUGCAGUGCAGCAGCACCCUGAAUCCGCCGCUCUCCCCAGCAGCACCAGCAAGCGCAGCGGCGGAGGUGGCGGCGGCGGCGGCGGGAGUAACGGGGACGCUACUAACGAGGACGAAUCGAACACGUUCACUGACAUACCGAAUGACCUGCAGGCGAGGACUCUCCACCACUCAGACCUUCGCGAGCUGAGCCAAUCCCACGGAGGGUCGGGGGGCGCAGGGGUGAUUCUCGAGUCAGCUCAAAAGACACCACAGCUGAGCCAAUCCCACGGAGGGUCGGAGGGUGCAGAGGUGAUUCUCGAGUCAGCUCAAAAGACACCAGAGCUGAGCCAAUCCCACGAAGGACCAGAGGAAGAAGAGAUAGACCCAUGGCUGGAGAGCCUGUGCCUGGGAAAGCGCAGGAAUGACCUCUGCGACUGGGACCACAAGGGGAGAGGGGAGAGAGGGGCAGGGCAUUUCCAAGUAGGUGCUUCUGGGUUGUCUGGGAGCCACUUGGGAGCCGAGCCCCAGUCGGAAAUCGAGGCUAUCUGGGCCGCCCAUGCCGCCAAAUACCACCCCAGACGCCCGGCACAGGCUUGGAAAGAGGCCCGGGAAGAGGCUCGGGAAGAGGCUCGGGAAGAGGCUCGGGAGGAGGCUCGGGAAGAGGCUCGGGAAGAGGCUCGGGAAGAGGCGCCGGAAGUGAAGGAGAAGGAGCAGGAGAAGGAGGAGGAGGAGGAGGAGGAAAAAUGGAGCGAGGAGAGGGAGGCACAAGAGUCCUGGCGCAUCUCCUCCCCCUCCUCCUCCUCCCACUCCUCCCCCUUCUCCCACUCCUCCCCCUCCUCCCACUCCCCCUUCUCCUCCUCCUCCUCCUCCUCCUCCUCCUCCUCCUCCUCCUCCUCCUCCUCCUCCUCCUCCUCCUCCUCCUCCUCCUCCUCCUCCUCCUCCUCCUCCCACUCCUCCCCCACUCUCGCUGGUUCGUCGCAAGCCAUCCACCUCUCGUCUUCCACAGGAAACAGAAGAGUCAUUGCAGUUAAAAAGUCCCCUCCACCUAAGAAGAACCCCCCUCCUCCCAAAUCCGCGUCCUCUGCUCGAAAAAAGUCGCCACCACCGCCCCGUCCCCCUCCUCCUCCUCGUUCGCCCCCGCCCCCUCGUCCUCCCCCGCCCCCUCGUCCUCCCCCACCCCGCUCUCCCCCUCCGCGUCCCCCACCCCCCAGCCCUUCGCCACCUCCCCCCUCUCCCCCUCUCCCCCCGAGUCCCCCUCCCCCUCCCGGGCCCGUGUGCGAGGGGCAGUGCUGCUCCAACGCUGCGCCCGUGAUCCCCCCUGGCGCGCCCAGAAUGACGUCCCUGUGGCUCAGCAGCCAGCUGGCGCACGGGGCUAAAGUGAUAAUACGGGCCAAAACGUGGGGCACGUGGUGGACAGCAGACGACGGGGCAACCUGGGAGGGGCGCGUGGGCCGAAGCUUCACCACGCCCAGCCCCUCCCAGGCGCUCACCAUCAUCCGAGUCUCCGACACCCAAUUCCAAUUCCUCACCCCAAGCAACACCUUCCUAGUAAAAGCCGCUUCUGGAUUCAUGGAAACGACCCGCAACGCGUCAGACCCCCUCACAGUAUUCUCCGUAGAGCUGAUCCCCGGCACCGUGUAUGUCGUUUUCUGGUCCGCGGAUAAGUGGUCGGUGUCGGAGGAUGGGCAGACGGGCCCGCAGUUUUGGUGGCAGGGGGCGGGCGACUGGGAGCUGCACGACGUGCGCGAGGUGAUGGAGGUGCCGGCGAUUCGUGGGGCGAACCUGGGCUCGUGGCUCAUGACCGAGCCCUGGAUGAACCGAGAGGCGUUCAAAUUCGCCGGGUACGGCGACGGCACCCGGUUCACAUUGCGCUCGAUCAUAUCAGGGAAGUACGUCUCUGCACCCGGUGGUGGCGGCACGAUAAUAAACUGCAACAGCUCGCUCAACAAGGACACCUAUCUCCACCUCACCACUGUUCAGAACACGUCAUCCAAUACUCGCCGGAUUGCGGUGCAGUGGCUUCAGUACUGGGCUGUACGUGACAACUCACCAAACGUCUGGGUUGAAUCCACCGAGCCCGAGGGCGCAGCGAGCAACUUCGAGCUGUUCAUCUUCGGCACGCCGCUCAACAGCUCUACGGAGCAGAGGGGAGGCAGUGUGCGGGUGGUGCUGCGCGCUCCCAACGGCUUGUUCCUACAGGCCAACCCCGAUGGCUCCCUCACUGCUGACCUCAUCGACUCCCUGGAUAACGACGCCAUAUGGAGCAGCGCUGCUGCCUUCGACCUCACUGUGCUGUGGCGGGUGGAGGCAGAUUGGCAGGCGGCCUACACAGCAGGCAGCGCAGCCCCAUCAAUCUACGAGAACAUUCGGCGAAACUUCAUCACAGAAGCCGAUUGGCAGAAGAUGCAGGAGCUGGGGGUGAACACCGUGCGCAUCCCCCUGGCGUACUGGAUCGGCCUUGACGCGGCCCCCGAGUUCCCCUUUGUGCCCGGUGCAUCGGCCUACCUGGACUGGGCGUUUGCCAUGGGGAGGAAGUACGGUGUGCGCAUCUGGUUCAGCGUGCACGUGGCGCCCGGCUCGCAGGCCGGCAAGGGCAAUGCAAGAGACGGGCUCAUCCGCUGGCGAGGGGCCAAUAUCAAACGCACCCUCGGCUUUGUCACGUGGCUUGCUGACAGGUACGGCGCGGACCCGAUGUGGCUGGGCAUGGGGCUGCUGAACGAGCCGGUGGUGGGGGGUGCCAAUGGGUACGCAGGGGUGGACCUGGAGGACAUGCGGGGGUACUACUCGGACGCCUUCAACGCCAUCCGCGCCCGCUGCGUGUGCUGCUUCGUGGCCAUGGAGGGCCGCGUGGGCAGCAACUUUGGCGACGUGAUGUGGCACAUGAACGACGUGUGGCACAACAACGUGAUUCUGGAGCAGCAUAUCUACGAGGUGUUUGGCAACUUCUUCAGCUCCAAGGGCGUCGACUGGGAGAUCGACUACGCCUACACCACCAGGAAAACCAACAUCGUCAACUUCCAACAGCAAGUGGGGCGGCAGCUGCUGGUGGGCGAGUUCUGCAACGCCAUGGGCAACAGCGCCACAGCGGAGCAGCAGGCCAACUUCUCGCUCGCGCAGAUGAAGGCCUUCAGCUACGCCAAGGCCGGUUGGUUCUUCUGGUCCUGGAAACUCAACACCACUGGGACGUACCACUGGCAGUUUGUCAACAGUUACGAGCGAGGUUGGUUGCCGAAAAAGCCGGAUGGGAACUGGUAUUGAUUGCUACAGAAAGGCCACAGACCGAAUGGGAAAUAGUAGAUAUGCAUGUAGGUUUGAUUGGGUUUGUUUUUUCGCUGUACAUCAAACCUAGCACCUUGCUUGGUGCUGGAGUCGACCAUUUCGUGUAUCAUAAUUUUUAUUUGUUACACUGAUGGAUUGCACAACAUGAUUCCUCAUGGAUUUAUUUUUUCAAUUAUACGUAGC